AUGCCUAAAUUUGGGCUGUCUGGUACAAUGCCAAAAUCUCCCAAAUUAAAUCUUAAAGCUCCAAAGAUGAAGGGGGGAAUUGAUUUUCCAGACCUGAAUUUACCAGAUGCUGACCUCAAAGCCCCUAAACUAGAUGUGAAUGCUCCAGAUCUCGACAUCAAUGCACCCUCAGGGAAAUUCAAGAUGCCUAAAUUUGGGCUGUCUGGUACAAUGCCAAAAUCUCCCAAAUUAAAUCUUAAAGCUCCAAAGAUGAAGGGGGGAAUUGAUUUUCCAGACCUGAAUUUACCAGAUGCUGACCUCAAAGCCCCUAAACUAGAUGUGAAUGCUCCAGAUCUCGACAUCAAUGCACCCUCAGGGAAAUUCAAGAUGCCUAAAUUUGGGCUGUCUGGUACAAUGCCAAAAUCUCCCAAAUUAAAUCUUAAAGCUCCAAAGAUGAAGGGGGGAAUUGAUUUUCCAGACCUGAAUUUACCAGAUGCUGACCUCAAAGCCCCUAAACUAGAUGUGAAUGCUCCAGAUCUCGACAUCAAUGCACCCUCAGGGAAAUUCAAGAUGCCUAAAUUUGGGCUGUCUGGUACAAUGCCAAAAUCUCCCAAAUUAAAUCUUAAAGCUCCAAAGAUGAAGGGGGGAAUUGAUUUUCCAGACCUGAAUUUACCAGAUGCUGACCUCAAAGCCCCUAAACUAGAUGUGAAUGCUCCAGAUCUCGACAUCAAUGCACCCUCAGGGAAAUUCAAGAUGCCUAAAUUUGGGCUGUCUGGUACAAUGCCAAAAUCUCCCAAAUUAAAUCUUAAAGCUCCAAAGAUGAAGGGGGGAAUUGAUUUUCCAGACCUGAAUUUACCAGAUGCUGACCUCAAAGCCCCUAAACUAGAUGUGAAUGCUCCAGAUCUCGACAUCAAUGCACCCUCAGGGAAAUUCAAGAUGCCUAAAUUUGGGCUGUCUGGUACAAUGCCGAAAUCUCCCAAAUUAAAUCUUAAAGCUCCAAAGAUGAAGGGGGGAAUUGAUUUUCCAGACCUGAAUUUACCAGAUGCUGACCUCAAAGCCCCUAAACUAGAUGUGAAUGCUCCAGAUCUCGACAUCAAUGCACCCUCAGGGAAAUUCAAGAUGCCUAAAUUUGGGCUGUCUGGUACAAUGCCGAAAUCUCCCAAAUUAAAUCUUAAAGCUCCAAAGAUGAAGGGGGGAAUUGAUUUUCCAGACCUUAAUUUACCAGAUGCUGACCUCAAAGCCCCUAAACUAGAUGUGAAUGCUCCAGAUCUCGACAUCAAUGUACCCUCAGGGAAAUUCAAGAUGCCUAAAUUUGGGCUGUCUGGUACAAUGCCAAAAUCUCCCAAAUUAAAUCUUAAAGCUCCAAAGAUGAAGGGGGGAAUUGAUUUUCCAGACCUGAAUUUACCAGAUGCUGACCUCAAAGCCCCUAAACUAGAUGUGAAUGCUCCAGAUCUCGACAUCAAUGCACCCUCAGGGAAAUUCAAGAUGCCUAAAUUUGGGCUGUCUGGUACAAUGCCAAAAUCUCCCAAAUUAAAUCUUAAAGCUCCAAAGAUGAAGGGGGGAAUUGAUUUUCCAGACCUGAAUUUACCAGAUGCUGACCUCAAAGCCCCUAAACUAGAUGUGAAUGCUCCAGAUCUCGACAUCAAUGCACCCUCAGGGAAAUUCAAGAUGCCUAAAUUUGGGCUGUCUGGUACAAUGCCAAAAUCUCCCAAAUUAAAUCUUAAAGCUCCAAAGAUGAAGGGGGGAAUUGAUUUUCCAGACCUGAAUUUACCAGAUGCUGACCUCAAAGCCCCUAAACUAGAUGUGAAUGCUCCAGAUCUCGACAUCAAUGCACCCUCAGGGAAAUUCAAGAUGCCUAAAUUUGGGCUGUCUGACCUUAAUUUACCAGAUGCUGACCUCAAAGCCCCUAAACUAGAUGUGAAUGCUCCAGAUCUCGACAUCAAUGUACCCUCAGGGAAAUUCAAGAUGCCUAAAUUUGGGCUGUCUGGUACAAUGCCAAAAUCUCCCAAAUUAAAUCUUAAAGCUCCAAAGAUGAAGGGGGGAAUUGAUUUUCCAGACCUGAAUUUACCAGAUGCUGACCUCAAAGCCCCUAAACUAGAUGUGAAUGCUCCAGAUCUCGACAUCAAUGCACCCUCAGGGAAAUUCAAGAUGCCUAAAUUUGGGCUGUCUGGUACAAUGCCAAAAUCUCCCAAAUUAAAUCUUAAAGCUCCAAAGAUGAAGGGGGGAAUUGAUUUUCCAGACCUGAAUUUACCAGAUGCUGACCUCAAAGCCCCUAAACUAGAUGUGAAUGCUCCAGAUCUCGACAUCAAUGCACCCUCAGGGAAAUUCAAGAUGCCUAAAUUUGGGCUGUCUGGUACAAUGCCAAAAUCUCCCAAAUUAAAUCUUAAAGCUCCAAAGAUGAAGGGGGGAAUUGAUUUUCCAGGCCUGAAUUUACCAGAUGCUGACCUCAAAGCCCCUAAACUAGACGUGAAUGCUCCAGAUCUCGACAUCAAUGCACCCUCAGGGAAAUUCAAGGUGCCUAAAUUCAGAGGCCUAAAGGGACCAAAUGUUGACAUUAAUGGCACUAUAGAGGGACCAGAUCUGAACUUGUCAUCUCCCAAACUUAAGGGUCCCAAAGCAGACCUAAACCUUCCAGACACUGAUAUUGACAGUCCAUCAGGAAAACUCAAAAUGCCAACUUUCAAGAUGCCAGAUUUAGGAUUCUCUGGACCAAAAAUUAAGGGGCCUGACUUAAAUCUUUCAGCCCCCAAGUUUAAAGGGGGAAUAAGUCCCCCAGAUUUGGAUCUGCCACAUGUAGACCUCAAAGGCCCCAAGUUAGACCUCAAUGCACCAGAUGUAAACUUUAAUAUGCCCUCAGGUAAAGUCAAUGUACCUACAUUGAAGAAACCAAAGGUUGAUCUGAAUGCUCCUGAUCUGGACAUUAAAGGCCCCUCUGGUAAACUGAAAAUGCCCAAAGUUGGGCUGUCUGGUAAAAUGCCCAAAUCCACAAAACUGAAUCUCAAAUCCCCAAAGAUAAAGGGGGGAAUUGAUUCCCCAGACAUGCAUUUACCAGAUGCUGACCUCAAAGCCCCUAAACUAGAUGUGAAUCCCCCAGAUCUUGACAUAAAUGCAUCUUCUAGGAAAUUAAAAAUGCCCAAAUUUAAAAUGCCUAAAUUCAGGGGCCUAAAGAGACCAGAUGUUGACAUUGAUGGAGACUUAGAGGGCCCAGAUAUUGAUAUCAAUACCCCCACAGCUAACCUCAAAGGUCCCAAAACAGGUCUAAAAAUGCCAGAUUUGAAGAUGCCUGAUUUUGGACUAUCUGGCCCAAAUGUAGUGUAUGAUUUACCCAAUAUUGACCUCUCAGCACCAAAGCUAAAAGGGGGAAUCAGUCCCCCAGAUUUGAGACUACCUAAGGGUCAUAUCAGAGGGCCCAAACUAGACCUCAAUGCUCCAGAUAUGCCCUCAGGUAGAUUCAGAGUUCCAACCAUAGAGAGACCAAAUGAUAGCAUCAAAACCCCUGAUUUGGACAUCAACACUCCUUCAUUCAAAAUGCCCAAAAUGCCUAAAUUUGUGUUGUCUAGUCCAAAAAGACCAGAUCAUGACAUCAGUGCUGACAUAGGUUUUAAAUUGUCAAAUAUGAAAGGUGGGAUUGGUUCACGACACCUGGACCUACCUACAGUUGACCUAGACGCCCCUAAGAUAGAUGUAGACACUCCAGAUAUGAACAUUGAUUCACCCUCUUGGAAAUUCAAAAUGCCCCACCUCAAAAUGCCUAAAUUCGGCCUUUCUGGCUUGAAAGGUCCAGAUCCUGGAAUAGAUGGAGACAUUGAUGGACCGGACCUGAGUUUGUCAGCCCCGAAGGUAAACACAGGGAUCGGUAGUCCAGAUUUAGACAUAAAUGUUCCCUCUGGUAAUCUCAAAGGCCCCCAAGCUGAUCUCAAUUUGCCAGACACUGACAUUGCUAUACAAUCUGAAAAAUUCAAACUGCCAUCCUUUAAAUUGCCUCAGUUUGGAAGUCCCAAUCUAAGGGCAGGUACACAUAUGGACUUUAUGAAAACAAAUGACAUUUCUCCUCCAAAGGUUAAAGUGAAUCUAAAAGCACCAGACUUGAACGUUAGUCACCCAGAUGUCAGCCUGAGCAUACCCAAAGCUGAUACCAGAAGCCCAGAAUACAAAGUGGCAUCUCAUAGUAAACGCAGAUCUGAUAUCCCAGGUGGAGCACAUAUAAAAGUGCAAGCAGAAGACAUAGAUACAGAAGUGACACUGCCACACACUGAUAGGAAGUCUAGGAAGGUCAAAGGAAGGGCCAGUUAUCCCAUUGCAGAUUUUGAUUUGCCAAAAGUUGAGUAUGAAGCGUCUGGUUUGGAACUGAGAGGUUCAGACCUUCAUGAUCCCACAGGGAAAUUAAAAAUGCCCAAAUCCAAGACUUCUAAAUUGGGUAGUCAUACAAGAAUACCAGACCUUGAUAUAGACUCAAGUCCUGCCAGUAUUAACGCCUCAGUUCCUAAACUCCCACCCCCAAGGUAUGCAGUAGAGGUUUCACAGCCAGAUUUAAAUUUGAGUAGAACUGACCCCAAGGGCAAUAAACAUCAUAGGAAAGCCCCAGCUGGUGAAACCGGCAGAACAAAAAGGAGAAGUCCAAAACAGUCUGAAAUUGGAACUUCCAUGCCAAAUUGUACUCAUGGUUCAAACCCAAAAAUGUCUGAAGAUCAAGAAGGAUAUUUUGUCACUGUAUUUCCCAAACAUCUCAAAGGGGAUGUACCAGACGGAACUGGGAGCCUGAAAAAUCAUCACAAGGAAGAGUCAAACCAUAGAUCUCAUACACUCAGAAGUCUCGACUUCAGUGCAUCAAAUGUGGACCUUGAAGUUCCAGAAGAUGAGAACUUAAAAGGGUCAACAUUCUGGCUUUCAAAGCUUAUAUAGCAUUCAGACAACUGACUAAAUGUCCUUUUAGGUUGGUUUGAAUCACAAUCUUCUGUUGAAACAUAAUGCAGAAAAUGUCUGUUACAUAUAAAACAAGCAUCAGAUUAUUUGCACUUAUUUAAAUGUAAAUUAAUUGGUAUUUGUUAUGAAAAUGUUGAAAAUGAAUGUGUAAAGCUUUCUUUUGUCAAGUGAUUAAAAAAAUGUAUGAAAGGUUUGUUAUGUUCUGCUGAUAAGCUAUUUAGUAGUAGUUUUACUCUACACUUGCUACAUUGUAAUAAAAUUACAUUUAGUAACUUU